GUCGAUUCUCUGCAGGUUUCAUUGCAAGACAGCAGCUUCUCCUGAGCCAAACAGUUAAAGAGAGAAGCAGCGAUGAGUUUUUCUGCAGCAGCAGCAACUGGGUUUGUUGUCCUGUUCCUUUCUGUGACAGUGGGAAAAGAUGAACCUGCCUGGUCAGUUAAAUAUGAUCCAUCUCAGAUCUGUGCCUUUAUAGGAUCAACAGUGACGAUAAAAUGCUCCUAUAAAUAUCCAUCUAUAAUACAUGGAAUAAAAACAGAAGUUAAAAAAAGGUUCUGGUUCACUAAACUAAAUAAUCGAGUCCCUGUGAAUCUGAUGAAGGACUCUGACUAUAAAGGUCGAAUAACUUAUAACUUUACAGAAAGCAGCAGCAGCAGCAGCUUUCUGACAAUCAAAGAUCUGAAACAAAGAGACUCAGCCGAGUACAAGUUCAGGUUCAUAACAAACCGACCAGGUGGAGAAUUUACUGGAUCACCUGGAGUCACCUUGACUGUUCUAGAUCCAGACCUCAGAGUUCAGGUCAGAAGAUCAGAGACGCAGACGGAGCUGAAGUGUGAAAGCAGCUGUGAUCAAAUCAAACCUCCUUCAUAUGUUUGGUUCAACAAAGAGAAGAAAAUGGAGCAACAGACUUCUGCUAUAGUCGUCUCAGUCAGAGAUGGAGGCAGAUAUUCCUGUUCUGUUAAAGGACACGACGAUCUCCGCUCUCCCUCUGUGUAUGCUCCAGAGUCUCUCUCUGCUAAACUGAUGUCCUCUGGUCAGAUAACUGAGGGACGUUCAGUGACUCUGAGCUGCAGCAGUGAUGCUAACCCAGCAGCUGAAUACACCUGGAGGAAGAACAACAACCAAUCAGUUGUCAGUAAAGACCAACAGUUUAUCCUCAGCUCCAUCCUGUCCUCAGACUCUGGACAGUAUUACUGCACAGCUCAGAACCAGCUGGGAGAGAAAACAUCUGGACUCGUCUCUGUCCAGGUCACAUAUGCUCCCAGGCCUCCCUCUGUGUCAGUGACUCCCUCUGGUGAAAUCAUGGAGGGCAGCCUGGUGACUCUGAACUGCAGCAGUGAUGCUAACCCAGCAGCUAAAUACACCUGGAGGAAGAAGAACAACCAAUCAGUUGUCAGUAAAGACCAACAGUUUAUCCUCAGCUCCAUCCUGUCCUCAGACUCUGGACAGUAUUACUGCACAGCUCAGAACCAGCUGGGAGAGAAAACAUCUGGACUCGUCUCUGUCCAGGUCACAUAUGCUCCCAGGCCUCCCUCUGUGUCAGUGACUCCCUCUGGUGAAAUCAUGGAGGGCAGCCUGGUGACUCUGAGCUGCAGCAGUGAUGCUAACCCAGCAGCUAACUAUAGCUGGUACAAGGAGGGAGAGGAGGCGCCAAAAGCUUCAGGACAAAACUUCACCAUCACUAACAUUUUGUUCAAGCAGAGAGGAAACUAUUACUGUGAAGCUCAGAACAGCAGAGGGCGCUGUAACUCCACUGUGACCGUGAACGUUGUGGCAGCACCAAGGAACCGAGUCGCUGCUGCUGCUGCAGUUUCUGCUGUUCUUCUGAUUCUCAUCCUCAUCUGCCUCCUUGUGUGGCUCAUCAGAAAACCCAAAGUGUGGAAGCAGCAGUCCAGACCUGGAGCAGGACCAGUUCCCAGUGAACAGGUGAACUCAGCAGAGGAAAGUGUUGUCUACUCUGUUGUCCACUUAGCAACGAAACAGGAAGAGCCUCUUUACUGCAACACGGUCCAACUUGGUCCAACUCGGCCCAAGAGACACAAGAAGAGGAAGGAAGAAGAGACGGUGGAGUAUGUCUCUGUUAACUGUGGCAGAACCAGGACUGAUGCAAGAACCGAGUCUGAACAGCAGGACAGUGUGGAGGAUCCAGCUGCCUUGUACAGCAAAGUCAACAAACCAGGAAAGAACAGCAGAGAAACUCCUGCUGGUUUCUAAAUGACUUUUACUUUGAUUCUCCAUCAGUUUAUCCAGAGAAACUCCUGCUGGUGCAGAAAUUAUAAAGCACUUUUUGUUUCUCUCUUGCUUUUCUGUUAUUUGUUUGCAUUUCCUCUAAUUCAUGUAAAA